UAAUAUAAUAUAGCAGGCAUUGACCUUUUAAAUUUUGAACUUCGAAGUUUGUUGGUCAAGUCCGUUUCCGUCCCGUUCACGUUUGGUUUGGUUGGUUCAUGGUUUGUCGUGUUUGCUGUUUAGAGCUUUGGUGAAGUUUUCAGUUGUUGUCCUUUGGUUAAUUUUAAUUAUAAUAUAUCUUUCCAAAACAGAAAUAAUGCCAAUAGUGCAAUAUUCAGUUAUUUUAGGCUUUAAAUUGAUAAUUCAAUACUUUGAAACUGAAACUAAUAAUUUAAGUUAGGUACCGUACUGUUUUGUGAGGUUUGAUAAAAUACUAGUAGUUUAAAAUGGAUCGUCAAGAAGUUUACAAAUUCAAUCCAAAAGUUCAAGAUUAUAAAGACGUUAGACGGGAAGAUCUAGUUGAACGACGCAAAAGUAAACGCCAAGAUUUCUUGGACCAGAGAAGAGACUAUACUGAAGAAACUAAAGAAAACCAAGGAGAUUCGCAAGCUGGCAUCCCUAAAGGGAAACAAACCAGAAGUGUUCUUCUUCAGAAGUGGAAAGAAGAACACCGGAAAAAUGUGGAGAAAAAAGUGAAAAAACCUUUCGUGGUAGGAGUGGUCAGACACAAUGCUGCAUCGCCAAUGUUCCUCCCUCUACCCCCUCUCAGGGAGGUGAGGCGAACGUCAAAAGCUCAAGUGAUCAGGCCUCAAGACACCCCCACCCCCGCCACCACCCAUCACCAAAAUGCGGCGGUGUAUUGCUUCGGACGACAGAAGCCCACUGAACAUAAGUUUGAAGUGUCCAAUAGUGAUUGA